AUGUCUGUCAAUCGGUACGUGUUUUACAAACGUAACUUUGUAACCAUUGUGAUAGGUGGCACAGAACCUCUACCUAGACCGAUCCUACUCACUACAGGCACAGAACCUCCACCUAGUCUGAUCCUACUUGUUAAAGCCACAGGUCCUCCACCUAGUCUGAUCCUACUCACUACAGGCACUGGUCCUCCAUCUAGUCUGAUCCUACUUGUUAAAGCCACAGGUCCUCCAUCUAGUCUGAUCCUACUCACUACAGGCACUGGUCCUCCAUCUAGUCUGAUCCUACUUGUUAAAGACACAGAACCUCCACCUACUCUGAUCCUACUUACUACAGGCACAGAACCUCCACCAAGUCUGAUCGAUCUUGUUAAAGACACAGGCCCUCCACACACAGGCCCUCCACCUAGUCUGAUCCUACUCACUACAGACACAGGCCCUCCACCUAGUCUGAUCCUACUUGUUAAAGACACAGGCCCUCCACCUAGCCCUCCACCUAGUCUGAUCCUAUUCACAACAGACACAGGCCCUCCACCUAGUCUGAUCCUACUUGUUAAAGACACCGAACCUCCACCUGGUCUGAUCCUACUUACUACAGGCACAGAACCUCCACCAAGUCUGAUUCUACUUGUUAAAGACACAGGCCCUCCACCUAGUCUAAUCCUACUCACUACAGACACAGACCCUCCACCUAGUCUGAUCCUACUUGUUAAAGACACAGGCCCUCCACCUAGUCUGAUCCUACUCACUACAGACACAGGCCCUCCACCUAGUCUGAUCCUACUUGUUAAAGACACAGGCCCUCCACUUAACACAGGCCCUCCACCUAGUCUGAUCCUACUCACUACAGACACAGGCCCUCCACCUAGUCUGAUCCUACUUGUUAAAGACACAGGCCCUCCACCUAGUCUGAUCCUACUCACUACAGACACAGGCCCUCCACCUAGUCUGAUCCUACUUGUUAAAGACACAGGCCCUCCACCUAGUCUGAUCCUACUUACAGGCCCUCCACCUAGUCUGAUCCUACUUGUUAAAGACACAGUCCCUCCACCUAGUCUGAUCCUACUUGUUAAAGACACAGGCCCUCCACCUAGCCCUCCAUCUAGACCGAUCUUACUCACGACAGACACAGGCCCUCCACCAAGAUUGAUCCUUCUCAGUACAGACACUGGCCCUCCACCUAGUCUGAUCCUACUUGUUAAAGACACAGGCCCUCCACCUAGUCUGAUCCUACUUGUUAAAGCCACAGGUCCUCCACCUAGUCUGAUCCUACUCACUACAGGCACUGGUCCUCCAUCUAGUCCGAUCCUACUUGUUAAAGACAGGCGCUCCACCUAG